AUGGGUGCCCCGGAUGUUCCUAGAACGCGGUCGCGAACGGGGUGUUUGACUUGUCGACUGCGCAAAGUCAAGUGUGACGAAUCUUCGUAUCCCGUGUGCUCAAAUUGCAAGCAUAAGGACCUACCAUGUUCAUGGCCAGCCAGCAAAAAAGCCAUUUACGAAACGCUUAGGGAAAUCAAGUAUAUAGGAGGGAGGGAGGAGAAUGCUAAGGGAAGAAUAACUAAGGGAAAGGGAGCGGCAAAACCAAAAAAUGAACAUCUUUCAGUUGAACUGAAAAAUCAGAGACACCCAAGUGAAAUUUCCACAACCCCAUAUCAAACUACUUUUACGGAUCCCACCUACAAAUACGCACUUUAUUCUGACUUUUCCACCCAUCGACGGCCGUUUCACUUGGAACCACAAGUGGCUGCAACUGUUACACCAACUGUUGGAGAAGCGGUAAGUGCAAGUGUAAGUACCAGUGUUAGUGCAAUAUGGGCCGAUAAUAGUAAAAGUUCAAUGUUGAACAAGAUAGCAUUACAGGAGGAGUGUGUGGAGGAACAGGUUGAUUUUGAGGAAGGUGUGACGAAGGGGUAA